AUGUCAAUUGUCUUGAGAUUUGUUGAUAGAGAUGGCUUUAUACAAGAGAGAUUCUUUGGAGUUGUUCAUGUUAAGGACACUAUUGCAUCAACAUUGAAAGAAGGUAUCUUUUCUAUCUUAUCUCGUCAUAAUCUUGAUGUUCAAAAUAUUCGAGGACAAGGUUAUGAUGGUGUAAGUAACAUGCGUGGAGAGUGGAAUGGAUUGAAAACUUUAAUCUUGGAUAAAUGUCCGUAUGCUUAUUAUGUUCAUUGUUUUGCACAUCGAUUGCAAUUGGCAUUAGUAGCUUCAUCAAAGGAAGUCAUUCCUGUCCAUCACUUUUUCACUAAGUUGAACUCCAUUAUUAAUGUUGUUGGGGCUUCAUGUAAGCGCAAUGACCAGUUGAAACCUGCUCAUGCCUCAAAUAUUGCUCAUUUGCUGAGUAUUGAUGAGCUUGAAAGUGGGAGGGGUCUUAACCAAAUUGGUUCUUUACAAAGGCCAGAUGGAACUACACUUACUCACCGUGGAGAUGCCGAUGCAGCUUAUGAGGUAAUGACUUCUUUUGAAUUUGUAUUCAUUAUGCACCUCAUGAGAAAAGUUCUAGAGAUUUCUAAUAUGCUUUGCCAAGCUUUGCAACUCCAAUCUCAAGAUAUAUUGAAUGCAAUGCAUCUUGUGGCAUCUACUAAAUUGCUUAUUCAAAAAUUAAGAGAUAGUGGGUGGGAUGAAUUAGUUUCAAGUGUGAAGUCUUUUUGUGAAAAUGUCAAUAUAACUGUGUCAGAUUUUGAUGCUAAAUAUAUUGCAAGAAGAGGAAGGGCUAGGCAUCAACAAGAUGAAUUAACAGUUGGACAUCAUUACAAAGUUGAUAUUUUUAAUGCGGUGAUUGAUUCUCAGUUGCAAGAGUUGAAUAAUAGGUUUGAUGAUAAAGCAAUGGAGUUAAUUAUUCUAAGUUCAUCCCUUGAUCCAAAAGAAAUGCGUAUAUCAUUCAGAAUUGAUGACAUUUGCAAGUUGGUAGAGAAGUUUUACCCACAAGACUUUGCAGAUUAUGAGAUUUUGCAAUUAAGAAUGCAACUUGAACAUUUUGAACAUGUGCAACAACUUCCUGAUUUUAGAGGACUAGAAAGUAUUUCUGAUCUCUGCCAAUGGUUGGUGAAAACUAGAAAAUUGGACAUCUAUCCUCUUGUGUUCAGAAUAGUAACUCUCAUUCUCACGCUUCCUGUAUCCACAGCUACAACAGAACGAUCUUUUUCUGCCAUGAAAAUAGUCAAGACUACACUUCGUAACAAGAUGGAUGAUCAAUUUCUUAAUGAUUGUUUGUUAGUGUACAUUGAAAAGCAAAUUGCAAAGCAAUUUAGUAUAGAUUCAAUUAUAGAUGAUUUUCGUGAUAUGCAGGAGAGACGUUCUAAAUUUUAG